CCUGGCAUGGUUCCUGUGAUUUCGGGUGAGUUAUUGGGGGUUGGUCGUCAUUCUAAAGGCCGGAACUGCCGGCUGCCAGCUCCGGUCACCGGCCGACGUACAUUAUAUUAUCGAAUUUUUCACAAUCGAUCGUUUCAGGAGUUGGAAAAUCCCAUCGCUUGAUGUGAAAUGGCCAUUCCAGAUGAAGACGACGAGUUCUUGGCUCAAUUUCUCGAAUCGGAGGUUCUCUCGGAGGUCUCCGACAAGGAGGAGGGGAACGUGCAGGAGGAACCAAAGCCUAAGAGAGCUCGAAUCGAACAGAUUAGCCCUAACGAACAAAGAGAGGUAGUUUCUGUUACUAGUUCCUCCUCUCAAUCCAAGGGCGUUGUUCCUGGGAGGAUUGAGAGUGGAAUUUUCAGUAAAAUUCCUCCGGAGCUCUUCCGCCAUAUCCUCAAGUUUCUCUCAUCAGAGGAUCUGAUUUCUUGUUCAUUGGUUUGUCGAUUUUUAAAUUCUGCCGCGUCUGAUGAAUCAUUGUGGCGCAGAUUAUAUUGUCUGCGUUGGGGUAUGUUGCCCAGGACCAAGAAGUUGCGCCAAUGUCCUUGGAAAAAACUUUAUAUUCAGCGUGACGAAGAAGAUAUGACUCAACUGGUUCGAGAUUGCUCUUCUGAGUUUAAAGAGUACUACAUCCAAAUGCAAGCAGCAAAGAGAAGUCAAGCUCCUCUCCCUUCUCAGGUGCAGGAUGACCAAAUAAUUCUUGAUAGGACCAUGGCUGAUCAAGUAUCUACAUGGAAGAGCAGCAGGGGCUUGACUGACAAGAUAGUCCUAGAUCACACUUGUUCUGGAGAAACAUGUACAUAUUACCAAAUUGGAGAUGCAUUUGUAUGUGAAAAGACUGGACUUGUUCAUGUAUGUGACGAUACUUGCAGAGAAGUCAUUAUGGAUCCCAAUGAUGAACAACUUGUCUGCACAAUAUCUGGACACUGCUUUGAUACUCUACUUUUGCCAGAUGCUAUGGAACCAGAUACUGAACAGCAACAAGCCGGUGGAACUGAUGAGGCGGAACCAUUCAUGGGUUCAGGCCGUUUUGCUCGAGCUUACUUGUUGGGGUACAACUGUGCUGACGAAGCGGAGCUAGAAGCUACUUUGAGGUUUUGCUGAUUUGGAACAGCAACAAGUUGGUUUGAUUCAACACCUUCACUGCCUCACCUGUGUGUGUUGGCUUACAUUAGUGAAUUCCAUUUCGUGUAGAAGUUUGUUAAACUAGGUUAACAUAUAAAUAUAUAUGUUAUAUAUUUCUUUUAUUUUAACUACUUUCUUACAUUCAACUGCGGGUAUGCCUCUCUCUCCCUCUCUCUCUCAAGUGUGCAUAUAUAUUGAAGAAAUAUGUCAUCUUUUAUAUUACAAUUCACUAUGUGACCAAAA